AUGUUCCACCAGCAGCUACAUCCCUAUUACUCGCAGCCAACAUAUUCACCAUACGAGUAUCAAGAUCCAUACUACGUUCCAUUGAAUCCUUCGCUACCAUAUGAUUACUCCUACGCCAUGAAUCAACGAUUCUAUCAAUAUCAUCAAGAAUGGGGACUUCAUCAAAAUUGGAAUGGCUACUACUACUCAGCUUCCGACGGCACAGAAGAAGGUUCUACCGUUGUUUCGCCUGAGUUCAAGAAGCAUAUUAGGGCGGCGUUCUUACCCUACAAUUUUGAUCGUGAACUAUACCAGCGGUUUUAG